UAGAAGAAGAAGACACAACACGUGAUUCGCGCUAACUGCAAGCAAGAUGGCGGUGGUAGUGAGGAGCUUGCAAGACCAGCUCGAAAAAGCAAAGCUAAGCCUUAAAAAUGUGGACGAUAAUAUUCGUAAAUUAACGGGACGUGACCCUAAUGAAUCCAGACCGGGUCAAAUCCGUCGGCUCGGCGGCCCCAUGGCAGGACCUGGUGGAGGUAGAGGCAGAGGAAUGAACCUGCUCAGGCGUAGUCUCUCUGACAUGGGAAGCGGCGGCGGCGGCCCCCCUGCCAAGCAGAGGGACAUUGAAGGAGCCCUGCUUAGGCUGGCGGGGGAUCAGAGGGCCAGGAGAGACACGCGCAACGACAGCGACGCCGAGGAUGAUGACGAUGUCAAAAGGCCGGCGUUGCAGUCGUCCGUAGUAGCUACCUCCAAGGAGAGAACACGCAGAGACCUCAUUCAAGAUCAAACCAUGGAUGAGAGGGGCAAACAGAGGAAUCGGCGUAUGUUCGGCCUGCUCAUGGGGACCCUGCAAAAAUUCAAACAGGACUCCAACGUCUCGACAGAUAAGCAAAAGCGACGUACAGAGAUCGAGCAGAAGCUUGAGGUUCAGGCUGAGGCGGAGAAAAAGAAGGUGGAGACUGAUAAGAGGGAGCUGUUUGAAGAGAGGAGAUCCAAACAGACUGAGCUGAGACUACUGGAGCAGAAAGUGGAAUUAGCUCAGCUGCAAGAGGAGUGGACCAGCCACAACAACCAUCUGGUGAAAUACAUUCGUACAAAGACCAAGCCUCAUAUCUUCUACGUGCCUGGGAAAAUGUGCUCCGCCACACAGAAACUCCUCGAUGACUCCACCAAGAAACUCAAUAUUGUGUUUGAGGAGAGGCGUGAGGCUUUUGCCGAACACCUCAGCAAGAUGGAGUCUCGCCCCCGGCGACAGCCGAACCGCGACCAGGAUGGCAACACGGCAGCAACAGGGAUGGACCACUCGGCGGAGGGUAAGCCAGCAGGUCAGGUAGUCAAGGUGACAGGUAACAAGGGGGAUGCAGAGAUGGAGGAAGAAGAGGAGGAUGACGAGGAGAUGGAGGAGAGAGAAAAGGAGGGUGGUAAAAAGGUGACAGAUGAGGACAAUGAGGAGGAAGGGGAGAAGGAAGUGUUGCAGAAGGUGGAGGAAGAGGUUGAGGGGAUGGAGUUGAGUGAGGAGGGGAGGGAAGAGGAGGAGGUGGAGAAGAAGGAAGGAGAGGAGGGGGUUAAAGGUGUAGCGGAGAGGGGGGAGAAGGGAGUAAAGGAGGCAAGUCCAGGGUCAGAGGAGAUGGAGGUGGAGGGCAAGCCAGAGAAGGAGCACAGGGUUAAUGUAGAGGAGGGAGAAGCAGAGAGGAAACAGGGACUCACAGACCUCCAAAAUGAAAAGACCCAGGACACCCAGUCAUCUGAACCAACCGUAACCAGCCAAGAAGCAGCAGCAGCAGCAGCCAGCAGUCAGCAGCCCCAGCUCGGCCUCACUGCAGUCACAGCCGUAAAGUCCUCUCUAACCCCAGAAGCCCCAACAACCUCUGUGGCGCCUGGGCAGAAUGUCAUCCUGCCAGGCCUAGAGGUCAUGAACUCAGCAGCUGAAAGUCGGGCUGUGGAAGGGAAACACAGGGCUGAAGCUCCCCAAAAACCAGCUGAUUCCCAGGAGGCCCCCAACAUUACCCCUGCACCCUCCAAGAAGGAAGGCGGUGGCCGAGGGAGGAAGAAGGAAAAGCUGCCAAAGAAGGGCCGCAGUCACAAUAACAGCCCCUCCUCUUCGUCCUCGGGCUCCUCUUCCAGCGGAAGCUCAUCCUCUUCCUCCGGAUCCAGCCGCUCCUCUUCUUCAUCCUCUUCAUCCUCAUCGUCCAAAAGCAGCCGAAGUCGCAGCCGAGACGGCAGUAAGCGCAAGAGGAGGCCAUCUGAUAGAGCGAGGGACAGGAAGAAAGGAGAAGAGAGAAGUCACCGCAAGAGAGGAGGAAGUAGCGGAGGAGGGAGGGACUCGAAGGCAUCCAAGGAGAGGAAGAAGAGAAGGAGCGAGGAAGGGAGGGGCAGGUCGUCCCGCAGCGAUAGGGAGCAUAAAGAUAGAGACAGGAAGGACAAGAGACGCUAACCUGGUUCUCGUUCAGCCUCUGUAUGGUAAAGCUGGCGAACACUGAGGGAAAUCAACUAUUUACUUAAUGACAGGUGAAGAGUUUUUAAACUAGCGAUUUCUCUUAAACUUCACAAAGUACUUAUUUGAGGUUUUAGCAGGAUUUUUGUUUUUGUUUUUCAGUGUAGGGAUUAAUAAAUCGAUGUCUGGUUAUAAUUCUCCUUUUUAUUUGGCCAAAGAAAUGUGAACUGGACUUUGUCAGUGGUGCAUCUGUCUUUAAGUGCACUCCUUAAACAGGUUGAGGUGAGCGAGACUAUUCAAGACUUCAUUUGUAGUCCUGUCAUCUGGCUUUUAAAAAUGAUAAGAUGCUGUUUGAAUGUUUUCCUUCUUGGUCAUAACGCCACAGGUUAUGGUACUGGUGGUUAUGGUAGCAGUAACCAUUAAGUUACAGUAGUGUUUUAAGUUGUGACAAUGCUGUUAAUCCUCAUUUAUUUCCACUAUUUGAUCAAUGUCAAGGCCCUUGUACCUUCAGAACGUGGAUACAUGUGAUUUGCUCAAAUGCUGGUUUUUGAAAGUGUUUUCCAUUUUUUUUGUACCAACUGAAAAUCUGCUUAAAAUUAAAGGUGAUGUAUGAGUGGAA